CGUGGCCGACGUGGUUCCCGGGGUUGCCAAGCUUGCGCCAUGGCCGCAGCCUCUGCCAGCCCCCCGGAGGUGAUCCGCGCGGCGCAGAAGGACGAGCACUACCGCAGCGGGCUGCGGAGCGCGGCAGGCGGCGCCCUGCACAGCCUGGCCGGUGCGAAGAAGUGGCUGGAAUGGAGGAAAGAGAUCGAGCUGCUCUCAGACGUGGCCUACUUUGGUCUCACCACAUUUACUGGCUACCAGACCCUCGGAGAGGAAUACGUCAGCAUUGUCCAGGUGGACCCCUCCCAGAGGCAAGUGCCCUCGCUGCUCCGCCGCUGCGUGCUGGUCGUGCUGCAUGCCGUCCUGCCCUACCUGCUGGACAAGGCCCUGCUCCCGCUGGAGCAGGAGCUGCAGGCUGAGCCCGACGGCAGGCGGCUGUCCCAGGGGACCCUGGUGCCUGGAGGGCGAGGCCAAUCUGGGGUGCAGCGCUGGGUGCGGCGCCACACUGCCACCCUGACAGAGCAGCAGAGGAGGAUGCUCCUGCGGGCCACCCUGGUCUUCAGACAGGGCCUGGCCUGCCUCCAGCGGCUACACGUUGCAUGGUUUUAUAUCCAUGGCGUCUUCUACCACCUGGCCAAGAGGCUCACUGGAAUCACUUACCUCCGCGUCCGCCACCUGCCUGGAGAGGACCUGAGGGCACGCGCCAGCUACAGGCUGCUUGGGCUGGUGUCCCUGGUGCACCUGGCGCUCUCUGCAGGGCUGCAGCUGUACGGCUUCAGGCAGAGGCAGCGAGCCAGGAAGGAGUGGAGGCUGCAUCGUGGCCUGUCCCACCGCAGAAGCUCCUUGGACGAGAGAGUAGCUCCCAGGAGCCCCCUGUGCACACUGUGCCUGGAGGGACGCAGGCACCCAACAGCCACGCCCUGCGGCCAUCUCUUCUGCUGGGAGUGCAUCACUGCCUGGUGUACCUCCAAGACGGAGUGUCCCCUCUGCAGGGAGAAGCUGCCCCCACAGAAGCUCGUCUACCUGCGGCACUACCGCUGACCAGCGUCCAGAGACAGAGUCUCACUUUACCACCUUCGGUAGAGUGCCAUGAUGUCACAGGACUCACAGCAACCUCUAGCUCUUGGGCUUCAGCGAUUCUCCUGCCUCAGCCUCCCGAGCAGCUGGGACUACAGGCACCCGCCACAACACCCGGGUAUUUUUUGGUUGCAGUUCAGCCAGGGCUGGGUUUGAACCCGCCACCCUUGGUAUAUGGGGCCGGCGCCCUACUCACUGAGCCACAGGCACCACCCUCCUGCCACAUCUUAAGGCCUGAGCGUUUACUAGGAAAACUAAACAAAGUCUAGAGUUUGAAGAUCCCAAACUCUAGACUUUCCACCAAGUGCUUCAACAUAGUAGCAGAAGUACCAAUUUGUCAUCAUUGAAUAGGAUGAAGCCAAUAUACAAAAGGGUGUGAUGGCCUCGUGAGAGGAGCUCAACUUCAUUUAUGCAAACAUUGGCAAAGACUAUCCAGAUAAAAGUUCAGUGUCUGAAAUUACAGGAGGGACAAGAAACAUCACCCAGAGUGAGGAGUGUCUGGACAGUCUGAGGUUCACAGGAUAAAGAUGACCGAACUUUGUCAUUUCCGAGGUUCACUGAAAUUUGCAUUUCAGCAUCUCUGUGCCCGGAAGCUGUAGUAUCUUGCUGUUGGCACAAGGGGUUCACUUUUUAGGGAGGCCAGAUGGAAGCUGGGCUUUCUUGUGUGCAGUGACUGUAGUGUUUUAGAUAAAGACCACACAAGAAAGGGGACACUGUCUUUAAUAAAGUAGAAUGUAAAAAUCACUUAGUAAAAUGCUGGAGUGUUUUUUUUUUUUUAUCACAUCAAAAAAGUUGCCAUGCAGCUAGGUUCUAUUUCCCUGUAGAAAGUGAAAGCUGAGUGUUAAAACCAACAAAGCCAGUCUGCUCAGCCAGUUUCGCUGUUUCCUUAAAGGGGCCACUGCAUGACGACAAAUUUAAAUUAAUCAAAAACAAACUUUAUGCAUCAAAGAAAUGUGUCAAAAUAAU